AUGGCAAUAUUUCUCCAUCUGAUCAUCCUUUCACCCUUCCUCUUUCUUGGGCUGUUCAGCGUUUCUGCUUCGCCCCAGCUGACACUGAACACAGGCUCGUCUCUCUCAGUGCAAGACCACGAGCAUACGUUCCUGGCAUCACCGAAUUCCGUCUUCUCCUGUGGCUUCUACCCAGUUGGGACAAAUGCCUUCACCUUCUCCAUCUGGUUCACAAACACGGUGGACAGGACUAUCGUCUGGUCUGCAAAUCCCCAGUCCCCAGUGAAUGGGCAUGGAUCAAAGGUAUCGCUGCAUGACGAUGGCUACCUGGUCCUGACGGAUGUCAAUGGUUCCACGAUCUGGAUGAGCACAGUGAGCGCAGGCGAGGGGUCGACGGCUGAGCUGCUGGAGAGUGGAAACCUUGUGGUCAGAGAUUCAGGCGGCACAGCCAUGUGGCAAAGCUUCACUUCACCAACGGAUACCUUGCUCCCUGCACAGCAAUUGACCAAAGACACGAGGUUAGUAUCCGGAUACCAUAGCCUUUACUUCGACAACGACAAUAGCCUUCGUCUUGUAUACAAUGGACCUGAGUUCUCAAGCAUCUACUGGCCAAAUGAUGAUUAUACCAUGUUCCGGUAUGGCAUCAAAGUCAAGAACAACUCCAGGCUUGCGGUCCUAGAUGACAAAGGUGGUUUCUUCUCAAGUGAUGCCCUUACAGUACAGGCAUCUGAUUUUGGUCUUGGGAUCAAGAGAAGACUGACUCUUGACUACGAUGGCAACCCCAGAAUUUACAGCCUUGAUGCAUCAAAUCGAAGUUGGAUAGUCACAUGGCAAGCCAUAGUGGAGAUGCAUUAUGUGCACGGCAUGUGUGGAAAGAAUGGGUUUUGUGAGUACUCACCCGAACCUAGUUGUUCAUGUCCUCCUGGAUUUGAGAUGGUUGAUCCACAGAAUUGGAGCAGAGGCUGUAGGCCGACAUUUAGCUAUAAUUGUGGGCAAGAGAGGUACAAGUUCAUUGAGAUUCCCCAAACCGACUUUUAUGACUUUGAUCUUGGCUUUAACGAGUCUAUCUCAUUUGAAGAGUGCCGAAAUAUUUGCUUAAAGACGUGCUCUUGCAUUGCUUUCUCUUACCGGCUAACUGGAACUGGUGUUUGUUACCCUAAAGGCCUGCUGUUCAAUGGUUACAAAUCUCCCGCAUUUCCAGGAAGUUUAUAUCUUAAAGUGCCCUACAGCGCUAACAUAGAGGCCUCGUCAAAACAAUCAGUUCUCACAUGUUCCCUUGGCAGUCAGGAGAUUGCAACAUCUUCAGAUCAUACAAGAUGGCUAUAUUUCUAUAUAUUCCCUGGAGUAUUCGGAGCCUUGGAACUAGUUUUCGUUCUGACAACGUGGUGGUUUCUUUCCAAAAAAAGUUACAUUCAGAAUUCAGCAGAGGGAGGUUACAUGAUGAUAAGAAAUCAAUUCAGGAGGUUUACUUACCAAGAGCUGAAGGAAGCAACAGGAAAGUUCAGGGAAGAGCUUGGAAGAGGUAGUUCUGGAAUCGUAUACAGAGGAGUGCUCAAUGAUAAGAGGAUCAUUGCAGUGAAGAAGCUUGUCGAUGUCGCACGAUGUGAAGCUGAAUUCCAAGCAGAAAUGAGUUUAAUUGGUAAGAUCAACCACAUGAAUUUGGUCAGGAUAUGGGGCUUCUGCUCAGAAGGAAAAAACAAGCUACUGGUAUACGAGUAUGUGGAGAACGAGUCACUGGACAGAUAUCUGUUCAAUACCGUCAGUACUGAAAGAUUGCUCAUGUGGAGAGAACGUUUUAAUGUUGCCUUGGGAGCAGCAAGGGCAUUGGCUUACCUCCACCAUGAGUGUCUUGAGUGGGUUUUCCAUUGUGAUGUGAAGCCCGAGAACAUACUCUUGACCCGAGAUUUCGAAGCCAAGAUAGCAGACUUUGGACUAUCAAAAUUGUAUAAGAGAGAGGGCUCCAGCUUCAACUUUUCCCAAAUGCGAGGAACAGUAGGCUACAUGGCACCGGAGUGGGCAACUAAUUUGCCAAUCAAUGCAAAGGUAGAUGUCUUCAGCUAUGGAGUGGUGCUUUUGGAAAUUGUGGCUGGACAGAGAAUUUCAAGCCAUACAACAAGGGAAAGCAGAGUUAUCAAGUCAAAACAAUUUAUUGAGAACGUCAGGGAGGCUUUAACUGCUGGGGAUACCAAGUGCAUCGUGGAUGGUAGGCUUCAUAACCAAUUUAAUUCUGAGCAGGCAAUGGUUAUGUUGACAAUUGCUGUAUCAUGUCUUGAAGAAGACAGAAGCAAGAGGCCUACCAUGCAUGAAGUUGUCAAAACUCUCCUGGACUGUAAAGAAUAACCUGGCUAUUUCAUUAGUCAAUGGAUCUGCAAACAACAGGGACUAAAAGCAGUAAAAGAACAAGGUUGUAUUGUUAGCAAUGUUUUGCACACAUAUUCAGACCUGACAGGAAAAAGGACAAGACAUUACUUCUUGUCUCCUGUCAUUUGGCCAAUAUCCACCAGUUAUCCUUUUCGUGUGAAAAUCAAGUUCAUGCAUUGUCUAGUUAUUGUACUCCCUCCAAAACAUAACAACUUCCGUCUGUGAAUCUAGACAUUAUAACCACAAGUUGCUAUAUUUUAGGAUGAAAGGAGUACGACUUAUCAGGAUUUUUAACUAUCUUUUGUAAUAAAAAAUAUGGUAACUUCCGAUGACAUCUCA